AUGGGUAGCUGCAGAUCAGUAUUCGCUUUUCAAUGGGAAUAUGUUAGAUCACCAUUUUUUGUAUUAAAAGCCAUUGAAUUGUUUUGUGAUCUACUUUCGAUAAUUUUAUGCGGUGCUGGACCGAAUCUGGAGGAGGUUGUAUUAUUAAUUAUAUGUUUAAUAAAUCUAAAAGCCAUGUUUCAUAGAGAAAUUUGGCAUAAAAUUGAAAUUGGUUGGUGUACAUUUUUUGCUUUAUUUUAUUUUAUUGGAAGUAUUGUUAUUGCAACAGCUGGAAAAGAGAAUGGUGUUUAUGCUGGUGCAGCGACUUUUGGAUUUUUAGCUUUGUUUGCUUAUAUAGCUGAUGGAGUUUACCAGUUUAUGCAACUUAGAAAUCCUCCACGUCCAGAACAAUAUGCACCAAAUCAAGCAUCGGGAAACGCUUAA